AGAAAGCGAAGGCGGCGGUUCGGCCGGAGGUACUGAUUUGUACCUGGAAAAAUCUGUCUGACCAGUCCACCCAGGGGGUCUCACUGGAGGAUCAAGAUCGUCUCCUCGGUACUCAGCUAGUUACUAUGAGCUUGAUACAGAGUGACAACAGCUAUAGAGCCAGAGAUCUGGAGACUGGCUGCUGUGCAGCCAUGGCCAGUGCGUGCAGUGCUGGAGCUAAAGAAGACAGCAUAGGUGUCUCUGUCAGCAGUGGGACUGGAAACCUUCCAAACUCCUUCACGGAGGAGACUCAAGGAUAUGACGUGGAGUUUGAUCCCCCCCUGGAAAGUAAAUAUGAAUGUCCAAUCUGUUUGAUGGCUCUACGGGAAGCAGUGCAGACGCCAUGCGGACACCGGUUUUGCAAAGGCUGCAUUGUCAAAUCAAUAAGAGAUGCAGGUCACAAAUGUCCAGUAGACAAUGAAAUUCUACUCGAAAACCAACUCUUCCCUGACAACUUUGCCAAACGGGAAAUCCUCUCACUGAAGGUGAGAUGUCCCAACAAGGGCUGUCUUCUGAAGAUGGAGCUGAGACAUCUAGAGGAGCAUCAGUUGAAUUGUGACUUCUGCUCUGUGGAAUGCCUACAAUGCCAGAGCUCCUUCCCGAAGAACCAGCUGCAAAACCACAUGACACUGGAAUGCCCACGGCGGCAGGUCUGCUGUCCAAACUGUGCUACAUCUAUGGCUUAUGAAGAUAAAGAGCUUCAUGACCAGAACUGUCCACUUGCAAAUGUGUUUUGUGAAUAUUGCAAUACAGUGCUCAUCAGAGAACAGAUGCCUAAUCAUUAUGAUAAUGACUGCCCUACCGCCCCAGUACCAUGUACAUACAGUGCCUUUGGAUGUCCUGAAAAGAUGCAGAGGAAUGAGUUGGCACGUCAUAUGCAAGAGUUCACUCAGGUUCACAUGAGAAUGAUGGCUCAGACUCUCCGGAGUAUUAGUGUUACUACCACAACUCCCAUGUCCUACCUCAGUGAAGUUGAGAACUUCAAGGAAACCAUUCAGCAGUUGGAAGGUCGCCUGGUAAGACAAGAUCACCAGAUCAGAGAGCUUAUUGCUAAAAUGGAGACUCAGAGCGCUCACGUGGGAGACCUCAAACGCACUAUCCAAAAUCUAGAGGAAAAAAUUGCCGAAAUGGAGGCACAACAAUGUAACGGCAUUUACAUCUGGAAGAUUGAGAACUUCAGCACACAUCUGAGAGCCCAAGAAGAAGAGAGACCUGUUGUGAUCCACAGCCCUGGCUUCUACACUGGGAAACCAGGCUACAAACUGUGUUUGCGCCUGCAUAUCCAGUUACCAAAUUCUCAGCGCUGUGCUAACUUUAUAUCCCUCUUUGUCCAUACUAUGCAAGGAGACUAUGACAGUCAUCUGCCUUGGCCAUUUCAGGGCACCAUACGACUUUCUAUUUUGGAUCAAUCAGAGGGACUUGCAAGGCAGAAUCACGAAGAAGUAAUGGAAGCCAAACCUGAGCUUCUAGCCUUCCAGAGACCAGCAAUCCACCGCAACCCAAAAGGUUUUGGUUAUGUGACAUUCAUGCACCUGCAAGCUUUGAAGCAAAGAACCUAUGUAAAAGAUGAUACUCUUCUGGUGCGCUGUGAGGUUGUAACACGUUUAGACUUGAACAUUGUACGGAAAGAGGGCUUUCAACCUCGCAGUACUGAUGGGGCUGUAUAG